CAAAAAAAUGACAUUCUAAUAUGGAGAACAACUUUUAUAAGAACAAUCUAACGAAACUCACAACUUCGAUGGUAUUCUAGCGAAACUCACCUUCUCAUGGCGACAAAAUCCUAAUUUUCUUGAGGGUGGGGGUUGGGGUGUGUGUUUUGGUUUGGUUUGGUGGCCGCAGGUGAUGGCGCCGCCGCCUCUCUCCUCCUCCGUGCUCCUCUUGUUCCACAUCGCGCUGCUGCUGCUCGUCCACUACUCCGCCCAGGUUGGGGGUUCGUGCUCCUCCGCGCGCGACUGCGGCACGGGCCUGUACUGCGGUAGCUGCCCCGCCGCCGGCAGGACCAAUCCCUCCUGCAUCAGGAACCUCGCGAUCCAGCCGACCUCCAUUGUGAAGGGGCUGCCCUUCAACCGCUACUCGUGGCUCGUCACCCACAAUUCCUUCUCCAUCCUCGGCGAGCCCUCGCGCACUGGGGUCGAGAGGGUCACGUUCUACAACCAGGAGGACUCCGUCACCAACCAAUUGAGGAAUGGCGUCAGGGGACUAAUGCUUGAUAUGUAUGACCUCAACGAUGAUGUAUGGCUCUGCCACUCCCUGCAAGGGCAAUGCUACAACUUCACCGCUUUUGUACCAGCAGUUGAGACACUAAAAGAGGUGGAAGCAUUUCUCUCUGAGAAUCCCUCAGAGAUUGUAACAAUAUUUAUCGAGGAUUAUGUUCGCUCACCAAUGGGACUGAGCAAUGUCUUUAAUGCUGCUGACUUGAUGAAGUAUUGGUACCCCAUCUCGGAAAUGCCAACUAAUGGCAAGGACUGGCCAAGUGUCACAGAUAUGGUUGCAAAGAACCACAGGUUGCUAGUGUUUACUUCUGAUGCUUCAAAGGAGGCUAGUGAAGGAAUAGCUUACCAGUGGAGCUACUUGCUAGAGAAUGAGUCUGGAGAUCCAGGGAUCGUGCCUGGUUCUUGUCCAAACAGAAAGGAAUCACGGCCACUGAACUCAAGAUCUGCAUCUUUAUUUAUGCAAAAUUACUUCCCCACGAUGCCUGUACAGAAUGAAGCAUGUAAAGAGAAUUCUGGGCUACUACAAAUAGCCCGAGCUUGUUAUGCUGCAGCUGGAAAUAGAAUCCCCAACUUCAUAGCUGUGAAUUUCUACAUGCGAAGCAAUGGUGGUGGUGUUUUUGAUGUUCAAGACAGAAUCAAUGGCCUCACAUUAUGUGGUUGCAACACCAUCGCUGCAUGCCAGGCUGCGGCACCAAUGGGUGCAUGCAAGGACAUGGGGGCACCUAAUCAGACUCCAUCGUCAUCCUCCUCUGAAUCCUCUGUAAAUGGAAACGUCUAUUCAGGAACUAUAGAGUUCAGGACCCAUCCCACUGCUGGUGCCAGCAAUACUUCCACUUGGAGUACUUCUGCUCUUCUACUAAGCCUGCUGUUGACUGUAAAGCUGUUUGCAUCUUUCAUGCAAUAGUUUUUUUUAUACUUUUCCACUGUUUUUUAUAGAAGAAAUUGAUAUCAGGGCUUGAUGUGAGCUUGUUUCACUGUUCAGAUGACAAUUAGUGCCUUAAUAGUUUUAUGGUCUGGAGAUGGGAGGUGAUGAAAGGUUGGAUCAAUGUUAAUAUAAGAAUGAGUAGUAAUCUUACUCUAUUCUCCCAAUAGUAGUACAAAGAAACUGAUGGGUAAUGUUCCUGCUGCUCGGUGUCAUAUGCAAAUGUGUUAUGUUGCCAAGGUAUAUGGAAUACCAUGAAGAAAAGAUUAUCUAGAAUUUUAAUAAA